GGAGCUCGACUCGUCUUGCGACACGUUUCUCCCUCUCCUUUUUCCUUCAUCAUCUCGCAACGCCGGAGGAGGUCAUCAGGACGCGCAAUCGCUCCCCUUCUUCUUCCCAUCCCAGGCGCUAGCACGUACACUUCCGCUCUCCAUUUCCCUAGGCCCUAGAAAACUGAUCUGCAGAUGGUGCUCAUCUGCUAAGUUGAUUCACUGCAAAGGAAAAGAAGAAAAAAAAACAUGGCCCAAGCUAGCAUCGCAACAAACCCUGUGGCCUCGGGCGGUCUGCCCGGCCGCGAUGCUGCGCUCACGGCUGCUGAUCUCGACGAGAUCCGGGAGUAUCAGAAAAUUGUCAGCUUCCGCGAUACCAUCGUGUCUGGCAAGCACCCUCGUAUCAAGGUGGCUAAGUCUACCGCUCCUCAACAACCUGCUUCUCUCGCGACGGAACGCGUCGCGCCGCCACCCACACGGUCGCUGAAAAGUGCUUCCCAUGUCAACACCUACCAGGUGGACAAUAUGCAAUCUUUCAAGGCAAACUCUCAGAAUCCCCAGCCGCUAGUUGUUCCUGUAACUGCGUCAGGCUCUUCCGCCUCAGCCAUCCCGGGCAUCGCAAACCCCGUGGCUCCCAGCAGGACCGGGACGGGUCCUAGCUUGGCUGGCAAACCGGCAGAGGACUCGGCUAAGGCGGAAACCCUAUCGCGGAGGCGCAGGAUCGAGGCGGAAUUGGCAGCACAGUUUGAGCAGCGGAAAGCCUCGGCAAAGACCCUGCCCUUCGAGCAGCUACCUGACCUUGACAUCUCUGAUAUUUUUGCAAAGGCGCUGACUCUCGUACAAGCUACUGCUCCUCCACCCGUCGUCAACCCUCCCACAGUUGCUGUUGCUUCCGACUCGAGUGACUCCUUCGACGACAAUACCUUCUACUCUAGCUCGAUAGAAUCGCCUGACGUUCCCGCCUCGCCUCGGAUUCGGGAUUCGGCAGCGUCUGCAGGACAUCAGGUAGCAUAUACUCCGCGACAGGGGCAAGUCGCUGCUCAACCCGUGCACGUACCAACGUUACCCCCAUUCCAGCCACCGGAGCCUAUUCGUAGCGUGCAGCCAGUCCAGAACGCGAGUAGUUCGCGCCAACCCCAGCCGAGCAAUAACAACUUGAACAUCCCAGCAAAGGACUAUGCGUCAAAGACUAGCUACGGGCACUAUGUGGCGGCACAGCCGCGUCAGGCUCGCGAGGUAGAGGCCCAGGUUAUCAGUUCAGAUAGCAGAGCUGCUAGUAGAUCUGAUAACUCUGGGAAUACAGAUUCGGAUCAUCCCGCUGACCACAGCCAUGUCCAGAACUCACACCAGUUUCUCCCUAGUGCUCACUUCACACAGCCACCCUCGCCUUUGAUCCGCGCCCAUGACCUCUCCCCAUUUGCCCCUCAACCCGCUCAUGUGUCGCCGUUGGCAAUAGCUCGGCAGCCGCCGGUGGCUGAGCCGGAUAUAGCCAUUCUCCGAGGUACACCUGCCCAGGUAACCGCCUUGAGACAAGAGAAUAGGGUUAUCACUAGUCCGGAGAGCUCGCCCCAGGGAGAGAAGGGAAACAAAAGGAACAAAAAGAAGAAGAACAAGAGAAAGGCCGAGCAAAAAGCAUCGGAUAUCCCAGCAUCGCCUUACAUCAAGUCUGAGCCACGAUCUCCAUCACCCCUCUCCGCGCUUCACUUCGGACGGCCCUCGAAGCGGCUGCGGCCCUCUGAUAGAUCCGGGCAGGAGCCGGUAUAUGAUGACGCUCGGAUCGAACGCCCUGCUGCGAGGUUGCCCCAGGAGCAGUACAGGCCUACACAUGCGCAUACCCAGGCGGAGAGACCGCCGUAUAGUUUCGAGGAUGUGGACGACCCUUAUGUGAGGCCGGCUCGUCGGUCUGUCGCCCCCACGGGUCAGAUGAUAGAACGAACUGUGUACGAGGAACGACGACCAGACGGCACCACCAUGCAGUACAUCCGCAGAAUUCAUACCCCUCAUAAUCUGGCAUCCCCCUUCAGCGCUGUGGAGGCGCGUCCUCUGCGUUCGGCGAGUUACUCGGUAAACCCUCCAUACCGGGAGGUUCCUACGUAUCCGCACGAGGGACGAAUAAGUGUGCGGCCUUACGCCGAUCGAGCUAGAUCACGGUCCCCCGUGCUUUUCGAGAGGGAGUCGCCUAUCAUGGCCCCCCCUGCCCCACCCCCAGCUCGUAUUGUAGUUGACCAGUAUGGUCGCGAGUAUAUUGAUCCUCCUCGUGCUAGCGCAGUUGGCCGCCACUCGGCCGUGCCGAGCCCGAGAGCAGGCGAGCAUGACUUCGCCUACGAAAGGGCACCACUGCCGCGCGUCCCGUCUCGCAUGCCUGGAGGAGAGACCUUCGAGGACCAGGGUGUUAUAUACAGACGCUUGUCUCCCACCUACGGCCCUCGGCGUGUCGUUACACAGCCGGAAUAUACCGUCGACUACAGGAGAUACCGAGAGCGCGACUAUUCGGCACAGCCCGUGGGGGCACCAGGCCAAGACUUCGUUCCGAUUCGGGGUGCCAUGGAGAGGCGGGCUCCCGAAGACAUCUCGCGGGAUUAUCUCCCUAGAGCUGCAAGUGUGCGACCUCUAGAGGGCGCGGGGUAUUACGACAGACUUGAGACUAUACGGUCUGACAUGCCUCCUAGACCGUACGCCGCGAGCGUCCACCCUGAAGUAAGACGAGAGUCGGGGCCUCCAGUCCUUCGGGAGUACAGCGUUAGACCGACCGAGCGAGACGCGGCGCGGGGUGAAUUUAGUGCUCGGCCGGCGGAGCGCUAUUACGAUAGGCCGCCACAUCUGGAUGAAGAAGUCACAUAUAUUGAACGACCCCGAGCGGCUCAGCAGGACAUCAUCUACGCCGACAACAGUCGAAGGCAAGUGUACCAGUGAACAGCACACGGCAUAUUCUAGGAGUAACGGGAUUAUGUCGUUUAUUUUCGUUUGGAAGGAGGGAAGGGGGUUCGGGGACUGGGAGUUGAUUUUAAACCAGGAGGUGAACGAGGACAGUUGACGGACAACAAACAAAGUGGCUGCGUUAAUCUAAUGUCGGCCGGUAUAUAGCGGUACCCUGUGCUAGAGCUAAUAUUCUUUCAUGGGAGACUGCUCCGGAGUUGCGGAGAGUCGGAAUUGACCUACAUUUGGUGCCGAGUGGCUCGGCGGGCGUCGUAGCCAACCCUAUUAUAGACGACGCAUGGCAUGACUUGGAAUGGACGACAGCAUGCAGUUGUCUCCACCGGAUAAAGCGGAACUACCGGGGACAGGCCAACUAAGCCAGGUAGCUGGCUGAUUAUCCGUUUGUACGAGCUGUGUAUACGAAUAAAACCGCAUAUGAAUCAGGAUCCAGUUGCAAAUCGACAGCGA